GCUGAUUCCUUUCAAUACUGUAUUUUAAGUGAGGCGUAACGAAGUCUCGAUUUCUUUUACAGUGACUUUCGCGUGGCCGACUUAAUAUAUACCGUAGAAUUAACAAUUAUGGGAGGUGAAGAAGGGCUAGGUGUGACAACUGGUCAACCCAAUUUAUACAAACAAGAUCUUUCAAAGCUAGAUGUCAGUACAUUAACUGCCUUAUCUCGUGAAGUUAUUAGCAGACAAGCUACAAUAAAUAUUGGUACCAUUGGUCAUGUAGCGCAUGGAAAAUCUACAAUCGUUAAGGCAAUUUCAGGUGUGCAAACUGUACGGUUUAAAAAUGAGUUGGAAAGAAAUAUUACAAUUAAACUUGGAUAUGCGAAUGCAAAGAUUUAUAAGUGUGAUAAUGAAAAAUGUCCAAGGCCGGCUUGUUACAUAUCAGGAGGAUCUAGUAAAGAUGAUUCCUUUCCUUGUUUACGUCCCGUUUGUCCUGGACGAUUUCAAUUGGUUCGACAUGUGUCCUUCGUAGAUUGCCCUGGACACGAUAUUCUUAUGGCAACUAUGCUUAACGGAGCUGCCGUUAUGGAUGCAGCGUUACUUUUAAUUGCUGGCAAUGAGUCGUGUCCACAACCACAAACUUCUGAACAUUUAGCUGCGAUUGAAAUCAUGAAGUUAAAGCACAUAAUCAUUUUGCAAAAUAAAAUUGACUUAGUGAAGGAAGCUCAGGCGAAAGAACAGUACGAACAAAUAUUGAAAUUCGUUCAAGGUACUGUGGCAGAAGGAGCUCCUGUUAUUCCAAUUUCUGCUCAACUGAAAUAUAACAUUGAAGUAUUGUGCGAGUAUAUAACAAAGAAAAUUCCGGUCCCACUUAGAGAUUUUACGUCAGAACCACGAUUGAUCGUUAUCCGAUCGUUCGACGUUAAUAAGCCUGGUUGCGAAGUGGACGAUCUCAAAGGUGGAGUUGCAGGAGGCAGUAUAUUAAGAGGUGUAUUGAAGGUUGGCAUGGAAAUCGAAGUCCGACCUGGAUUAGUCUCUAAAGAUAGUGAAGGGAAAUUAACGUGUCGUCCUAUAUUUUCACGUAUCGUUUCGCUAUUUGCCGAACAGAACGAGCUACAAUUCGCAGUUCCCGGUGGCCUUAUAGGUGUUGGAACGAAAAUCGAACCAACUUUGUGCAGAGCUGAUCGUUUAGUGGGACAAAUUUUAGGAGCUGUUGGGGCAUUACCUAAAAUAUUCAUUGAACUUGAAAUAUCGUACUAUCUUUUAAAACGUUUGUUGGGUGUAAGAACGGAGGGUGAUAAGAAAGGAGCGAGAGUACCAAAAUUAUCUAGAAAUGAAGUAUUGCUAGUGAAUAUUGGCUCUCUUAGUACUGGCGGUCGAGUUUUAGCUACCCGUGCUGAUUUAGCUAAAAUAAGCUUGACGAGUCCAGUGUGUACAGAAAUCGACGAAAAGAUUGCAUUGUCGCGUCGUGUCGAAAAGCAUUGGCGUUUGAUUGGUUGGGGUCAGAUUUGUGGAGGACAAACGAUAGAACCUGUCCUCGAUGGAAAAUAAUUUCUUUAACAUCGCAAAGAGAGGAUAACGACAAAGAUUUAUUAACAGUCUUAUAACUUAUACCUAUUGGGUUUAUACAGUUGUAAGCAAUAUUUGUAAUAAAUCAUGCCAUUUAUCUUA